CGUUUUUCUAUUCUUCUUUCUUUUCUCUCUUUCUUGCCAUUCUGUCUGAUCCACCUUCUCCCUUUAUCAUACAGACUAAGCAAAUCUGUCGACCUUCGCGUAUUUCCUCUUUCCUUCAUUUCCAUUUCACUGCAUACAUAUUUCCACAUCCUCAUAUUCAACUUUUUUGUGAAUUAAAUUUACAAAGGUUGUAUUCUUGCCAAAGGUAUGGGUAAGAAGAAAACAGUCAAUCUCGAACCCGAGACUCCCUAUCACACCUAUACAGUCGACAAGGUCGCUGCUCACCUCAAGACCUCCGUUGUCGAAGGUCUUUCCUCUGAAGAGGCUGAUGCUCGUCUCAAAACCUAUGGGGCCAAUGAGCUAGAAGGCAAUGGUGGUGUCAAGUGGUACAAGGUGCUUCUGCGCCAGGUUGCUAAUGUUCUCGUCGCUGUUCUCACGAUUGCAUCGAUCCUGGCAUUUGCAACGAAGGAUUUUGCCGAAGGAGGUGUAAUCCUAUUCAUCAUCGUCAUGAAUGCUGCUAUCGGAUUCUGGCAAGAGUUUAAUGCUGAACAGACAAUGGAGGCUCUUCGUAACAUGUCCUCACCUACAGCUCAGGUCAUCCGUGAUGAAACCCGUAUCACUAUUCCCAACAAUCAGGCAGUCCCUGGUGAUAUUAUGAUAUUUGAAGAUGGAGAUGUUAUUGGUGCUGAUUGCCGUCUGUUCGAGGUCUUUAACCUCGAGACUGAUGAAGCCUUGUUGACUGGAGAGUCUCUGCCGGUACAAAAGAAUCUGUCGCUGAUCGAGAAGGAAGAUGAAGCUCUCGGCGAUCGUGUGAACAUGGUUUUUGCUUCAACCACAGUUGUCAAAGGCCGUGCUAAGGGCAUCGUGACUAACACCGGAAUGAAGACGCAGAUUGGGCAAAUUGCGACUUCGCUUAUGAGCGUUGAUAGUAACGAGCAGACCCCAUUACAGAAACGUUUAAAUAAGAUGGCCUACUUUGUCUUCCUGGCGGCUAUUAUUUUGGUGAUCAUUGUGUUCGGCGUCCAUAAGUUCAAGUAUUCGAGCGAAGCGGCCAUCUACGCCAUCUCUGUAUCUAUUGCCAUCAUUCCUGAAGGCCUAGUUGCUGUCGUUACGCUGACUAUGGCUUUCGGUGUAAGCCGCAUGGCCGGCUUCAAGGCCAUUGUCCGUCGUCUUUCUAGUUUGGAAAGUUUAGGUGCUGUCACCAACAUCUGCUCUGACAAGACCGGAACAUUAACUCAGUCUAAAAUGGUUGCUGUCCGUAUGUGGAUCCCUGGCGAGGGCUUCCAUAGAAUUACAGGAACAGGCUUUUCCCCUGAGGGCGAAAUCUAUCGUCAAGUUAGAUUGAUCCAGGACGCAUCUCAAACCAACGAGGAGCUUGUCCCUGUAGGCGCCGGCUCUGAUCAUUAUACCCGCCUUAUCCAAGCCGCUUCUCUCUGCAACAUGGCAGAAAUCCGUCGUACAAAUCAUCCUGAGGUGCAUGGCGAAUGGACAGCUAUCGGUGAUCCCACUGAGAUUGCUCUUCAGGUCUUGGCUCAUAAAGCUGGUUUGUCCAAGCCUGACCUUGUCGAGAAAGGAUUCAAACUGGUGUGCGAAUUCCCUUUUGACUCUAGUGUUAAACGCAUGUCUGUUCUCUUCCAGGCACCUCCUACAGCCGAUUCACCCGGUGAUCACUACAUCUUCAUGAAGGGCGCUACCGAGCGUGUGAUUGGAUCUUGCACCUCCUGGCGCGAGGGUAAUGUUGAGCAUAGGCUUGAGGAAGAAAAGGGUGGCGAUCGCGCUCGAUUUGAGAAAAUGGUUUUUGACAAUAUGGACACCUUGGCAGAGAAAGGCCUCCGAGUUUUAACUUUGGCCUAUCGUAAGUUUGAAGCCGUUCCUGGUGUUGAUCUGGUACAUGGGCUGGAGCGUGAUGAAGUGGAGUCCAACAUGACUUUCCUUGGCUUGGUCGGCAUUUAUGAUCCGCCUCGUGCGGAAUCUCGCCCUGCUGUGCUUCAGUGUUAUGAGGCUGGAGUUCGUGUCCACAUGUUGACGGGAGAUCACCCUUCGACCGCAGCAGCGAUUGCCAAAGAGGUCGCCAUUAUCCCUGAAGAUGUCCCUAUUGUUAAUAAUCCUUUGAUUAUGACUGCAGCUCAGUUCGAUGCUAUGUCGGACGAGGAUAUUGACAAAUUGCCAGAGCUGCCUCGUGUCGUUGCCCGUUGCUCGCCCAACACCAAAGUCAAAAUGAUUGCUGCGCUUCAUCGGCGUAAUUUGUUUGCUGCAAUGACUGGAGAUGGUGUCAACGACUCCCCUUCACUUAAAGCCGCCAAUGUUGGUAUUGCCAUGGGCCAGUCUGGCUCGGAUGUUGCUAAACAAGCCUCGGAUAUUGUAUUAACAGACGACAACUUUGCAACAAUUGUCAAGGCUGUUGCCGAGGGUCGCCGCAUGUUUGCAAACAUCCAAAAGUUUGUGCAACACUUAAUGUCUGCUAAUGUCGCUGAGAUUGUUGUCUUGAUUAUUGGUCUUGCUUUCAAGGACAGAGAAGGCAAUGCCGUCUUCCCUAUGAGCCCUGUCGAAAUUCUAUUUUUGAACAUGAUCACUUCUUCACCCCCUGCUAUGGGUCUCGGUCUUGAACCCCCAAGUGAGUCUAAUAUGCGCGAGCCUCCCCGUUCGGCUAAGCAGGGUCUCUUCUCGUUUGAGGUCGUUAUGGAUACAUUUGUGUAUGGAUUGGUGAUGGGGGCUCUUUCGUUUGCCUCAUUUUCGAUUGUAGUGUUUGGAUUUAACAAUGGCGAACGUGGAACUGGUUGUAAUUCGCGUUGGUCCGACUCAUGCGAAGGUGUGUUCCGUGCCCGUGCUACGUCUUAUGCAUGCAUGACGCUUUUGAUCCUUGCGCACGCUGUCAACUGCCGUGCUUUGCGUGAGACUGGAUGGAGCAUUAAGAACCUUAUGACCUUGAAGCAUAACAAGAUGCUCUGGCUCAGUAUUGUAAUCGGUGCCCUCUUGGUCUUCCCGGUGUUGUACAUCCCCGGUUUUAACCGAAAUGUGUUCAAGCACUCAGCCAUCUCGUACGAAUGGGGACUUGUUUUGGUGUCGCUGGUAAUCUUCAUUAUAUUCGCAGAGGUGUACAAGAAGAUCAAGAUUAAGGUCAUGAAACCACUCAAUCUGGAAGCCAACAGUCAGGCGGAGAUGGAACGCAUGCGCUCGUACAUGACCCAGCCCGAGACCGAUUCCGUGCUCGAAGGUACUGUCGUCGGCAACGGCAACAGUAACAGGAUCCUCAAGCAGAGGUAGCAGGAAACAGGAACGAGAAGGCAUACUUAGGAGGAAAUAGUAUCCAACACCUUAACGCCUUUUUGUUCUUUUUUUUUUUUCAUUCACUUAUUUGCAUCUUAUUUGCAUUGCAUUAUAUUCCUUGUUAUCCACUUAGUAUC